AGCCACUUGCAGACUUGCUGCACGCCCUGACCCCAGUGUUCUCUUUUCUCUGCUUGCAUCUCUCUUUCUCUCUCUGCAUCCACAUCCAUGGCAGCAAUCAUCAGCAAGGAGGAGCCUCUCCAGCUGAAGCAAGGGAGCAAGGUCUUCUCCAAGUUGCUCUCCAGGGAGAGCUCCCUCGCCGCGCCGUCCUUCCGGGUGUACUACGGCGUCGCCUCGGCGGGGUCCGUGCCCUUCCUAUGGGAGUCGCAACCGGGAACGCCCAAGAACGCCAUCUCCACGGCCACCCUGCCGCCCCUCACGCCGCCGCCGUCCUACUACACCACCAAGCAGCAGACCACCCACAAGGCGGCGGCCGCCACCAGCAAGAAGCAAUCCAAGCCCAGCAUCUUCAGCGCCAUCCUGCCCAAGAUCAUCCUGCACAGGCGAUCCAGGUCGUCGAGCUCGGCGCCCGCCUCGUCCUCCUGCUCCUCCUCCUCGUCGUGGUCGUCGGCGUCGUUUCAGUCGCCCGCCUGCUCGUCGAUGAGAAGCCGGGUGCACGCGUUCUCAGCCGGGGACGACAGCGAGGACGAGCAGGAGCCGCCGACGUGCUUCAGCGUGCGGCACGAGAGCUUCAGGGCGUUCAAGAGCUGCCGCGUCGCCAUGACGGUGAGGAGCGCGCUGGCGUCCGUCGGCGGCCAUGGGUCCACCGCUGCAGCGCCAACAGCGGCAGCAUAGAGGGUGUAAUACUUCCAGUAACCUCAUGGUCCUUGUGCGUCAUGCAUGCAUGUUGUUGUUGCUUGGAGAACUGGAGUUUAAUUGCUCUGCAUGUUUAACAGUGUGCCUUGUCUUUUCAUGGAGUAAUGUUAAAAUCUCAAGAGGAGCUUAUCAAAGUAUUAUGGUGAAUUAAGUUUGUAACAGUGUGUAAAUUUAAAAAAUAAUGUAAUGAUCAUAGCAUGGCUAUGUAGUGUGUAUGGACUAUUUUUUGCUUCCUGGAACUUAUUGCCUGCUUGGUCAGUAA